GAUGACAUGAGUUGGGCGACACCAUCUGGCCGUUCAGAAACGGUAGUUACUCCAGGAUCUAUUGCAUGCACUAUGGUUGCCCACUCUCCCAAGACAGAUGUAGGUCAGAUGACAAAGACCCUGUGUGAUACAUCUGCAGAGGUCAUUGAAAGUUCUCUUGAUGACAUAAGAAGGACAACAUCAUCUGGUUCAGAAACGGUAGUUACUCCAGGAACUUUGACAUGCAUUGCAGUUACCCACCCUCCCAGGUCAGAUGUAGAUCUAUUGGCAGCAACCACGUGUGAUAAAUCUGCAGUGGUCAUUGAAAGUGUUUUUGAUGACAUGAGUUGGGCGACACCAUCUGGCCGUUCAGAAACAGUAGUUACUCCAGGAUCUAUUGCAUGCACUAUGGUUGCCCACUCUCCAAAGUCAGAUGUAGGUCCGAUGAAAACGACCAUGUGUGAUACAUCUGAUGCUGAAUUUUCAAAUGACCUGUUGGAUUUUUCUUCUGGUAGUGAAUAUAUUCCUGAAGAUGAUGAAUUGGAUGAAAGUGACCCAGAAGCCAGUGAAUCUUCACCAAUAGAGAAAAAAAGAAAACCCCUGCAAUACUCUGAAGGAAAAACUGGGGGGAAAAACCAAUGCCAGAAAGAAAGAAUCUUAAAAGAACUAGCUGAAAAUGAUGAAGUAAUUAGUGAUAGCAAUAGUGAUAUAUCAGUGGAGUAUUCAGAUUUCAGUGCGCUAAAUAAGCCAUCUUUGCUUCCAGUGCCAUUGUUAAAUGAUGAAUUUUCAAGUGCUGAUGAUUCAGAUGUCCCUUUAGAGGAUCAAAAUAUAGAUCCUGAGACUGUUGCUUAUGAUGAAAAGUUUCCAAAGAUAUAUGUUAAACUGGUACGGAAAAGCCAAACAACCAAAUUAGGCAAAAAGAAGAAGACUGAAAGAGUGUAUGAUUCACACUAUCCUUGUAUUUUCUGUGGCAAGAUGCAAACCAAUUUUUCGCAUCAUUUAAUGAGUUCUCUUCACAUGAAUGAAGCAGAAGUACAGGCUAUCCCAAAGGUCAACUCCACAAUGACGAAAGAAGAAAAGCAAAAAACUGUAAAAGAAAGAAAGACCAAAUUUGAACUGCUGCGCCUUCGUGGUAUUCACAAACACAACACUAAUGUGAUAAGUGAAGGGAAAGGUGAAAUAAUCCUUGCCAGGAGAAGUACAGAGAGGGAGUUUGAUCUUAAUGCUGUAGGUCCUUGUCCAAGGUGUUUUGCUUGGCAUCAAUUGAAAAACCUUAAGAGACAUCAAAAGUUAUGCCCAAAGUAUGAUGCUGAUGAAUCAUAUUCAAGCCAAACCAGUCUCAAUAUACAGAGUAAAACGUUAGUGGGACGAAUUUCGGACCAGGCUUCAAAACUUGUUGUGACAGAAGUUUUCACUAUCAUGCAGCCUGACCAUGUAUCUCAAGUGGCCCAAACGGACCCACUUAUCAUAAGCCUUGGUAAUCAGUUGAUGGACCGUAACAGAGGAAACCGUGUAAUGAGGAAAUAUUAUACCAGCCAGGGUAUGAGACUGUCUGCAAAACUCCUAAUUGCUCUGAAGGAAACAACAGGACAUGAUGAAGAUCUUAAUUAUUUCCUCCAACCUUCUCAAUUUGUGAAUGUGGCAGAAGCUGCUCUAAAAUGUUCAAACCAAGACAGCAUCGAUGAAGAAGAUCUUUCUUCACCAAGCAAUGCUAUUAAAUUAGGGUAUGAUAUAAAAUCAUUAGCAAGUUCAAAACUAGCCAGUGCUAUCAUACAUGCUGAUGAAAAGAGGCAAAAAGAGGCAGAAAAUUUUCUGCAAUUAAUGAAAAUGCAGUGGACUGUGAAAGUAACGAAGCUAGCAAGAAUGGUUUUACAAGAAAGACAGUAUAAUAAGCCCAAGUCAUUGCCGACACCCGAAGACAUUAAGAAAAUAACAGAAUUUAUGAAAACGGAGAUCUGCAACCUUGAUCUUACUGACAUUUCAUAUGCUAACUACAAAAAAGUUGCUGUGUUGACUUUGGCCAGGAUCACACUGUACAAUAGAAGAAGGUGCCAUGAGGUUCAGGCAAUAAGAUUGAAGGCUUACAAUCAGAGAAAAACUGGUCAAGACGAUGUUCAGGCACAAUUGAUGAAAGAGCUGACUUCAUUCGAAGCACACCUUUUAAUGACUCAGGAAGUUGUUGAGAUACGAGGAAAGGUUGGAAGAUGUGUUCCAGUUAUUUUACCUCUGGAAACGCGCCAGGCUUUAAGUUUUAUUGCAAGCAAGAUAGUCCGAAAGGCAUGUUCCAUUCCAGUUGAAUCUCCAUACCUUUUUGGUAGCAAAACUGGAGGUGUAUUUAGGGCGUAUGAUGCCAUAUCAACUGUUGCUCAAGAGGCUGGGCUGUCAAGUCCAAGCCUUAUUCGUACAAGUAAUAUGAGGAAAUAUAUGGCCACCAUGGUUCAGGCUCUUGAUACCAGUGAAGCUGAGAGGAGUUGGAUCAUACAACACCUAGGGCAUAAUAUGGAUGUGCAUUUACACCAUUACAGACAAACAUCUGAUGUACUAGAAAGAACAGAAGUAGCAAAGAUUUUGUUGAUUCAAGAUUUUGGAAUAGUGCCCCAUUAUGUGGGAAGAAAACUUUCCGAUAUUCAGUUGGAUGAUAUCAUUUCAACUGGUGAAAGUACAUCUGAUGUGGGUUCUCAAGUAAAGCCAGCAUUUGAACAGCAGCAAGAUGAUGACAGCGUUAUUCCAGAGUACAAUGGGAAUCCCAUGAAUAGUGAUGAUGAAGAUGGAUUUUCAAAACCAAAGAAGACAGAAAGAAAGCGGUGGAGCAAGGAAGAGGAGGACGAACUGAAAAAACUAUUCAAAGCUAAUUUUGAAAAAGACUAUUGUCCCAAACAAUUGGAGAUAGAAAAAAUAAUGAAAAAGAGCAGGGAAAAGGGGGGGCUUAUCCACUUACGUCCAAGGGACAAUAUCAAAAAGAAAGUUAGUGGGAUGUUGGUCAAAAUGAGGAAGAAAAAAGAUGGUUGAGGUGUUGCAGUUGUGUUUUCAACUUCUUGGGGUUUCGAAAUAGGUCACUGAUGUUUUUAAGCGUUACGAUUCUGGCUGAUAUUGUAAAUGGCUAUAACUUUCUUAGUAGAUGAGAUUUAGAAUUUACGGUAGAUAUAUUUAAUGUAUCCCUACAAUAUGAUUGUAUCAGUAAUGAAUGAAAGGACAUCCAUGCACGUGUGCUGCAUUCUGAUUGGCUAAUACUUAAAUGGUUGUAACUCUUUUACUUUUCAAUGAAAUACUUCGAAAUUUAAGACAUGGGUAUAUUUUGUGAGGCACUGUAAGAAGAUAUAUGUGAGAAAUCUAGGAAACGUGCUGAAAUCUAAUUGGCUGUUGAUGUAUAUGGCUAUAACUUUCUUAGUUUUCAAUGAAAUAAAACAAAAUUCCGUGUGUAGGUAGAUAUUAUGAGUCCCUAUAUUAUGGCAUCAUCAAAAAUGAAUAUGAUGACAUGCAUGCUCAUGUGCAGAGUUCUGAUUGGUCAAUAUUUCGAUUGCUGUAACUGAGGUCUAUUCAACAGAAGAUGAAUGGGGCACUGAAGGGAGUAUGGGGAGCGUUUGGGAAACAACUGUAACGGGGACUGUUACAAUUAUUGGUUGUACUUGUUUAUCUUGGGGUUUUUUUUUUUUUAUUUAAGAUGAGUUAUCUUACAAUUUUUUUUAGUGGCUAUUUUUAUUUUUAAUUUUGGGUUGAAAAGGGGAAACCCAUCCAGGUAUGUUUAAAUGGAACAGCUCUGACUAUUGAGUGACUUAACUAAUAUCCCUGAUCUGUUUGUUUUUCAAAGACUUUAAAGAUUAAUGAUUGUGUAUUUCAAAUUAUUGAGGUACAAAUAUUGUGUCGAUAAGUUUCGAUAUAAAUUGAUUAAGACAUUCAUGGUGUGGUUUUCUGGUAAAAAUAUGAAAUUUGUUAUGAUUGGAUGCUUAUGAAUUGAUGCAAAGGUUUACAUUCCUAAAAUUUACUUCCUGCCAUGUGAAGACAUCAGGAAUCUAAAUGUCCACAUUUAAAAAAAAAAAUGUUUUCUGCAUAUCAAUUCCUUUUAAGUGGACAUAUAGUAUCAUACAUUAAUUUUUGUCACAAAUGUGUAACUUGCAUGGAAAGGCAGAAUUUAAAGCGAUUUAUAUUUGAUCAAUCUUUGAUGUGAUCAUAAAAACACAAAAAAACUAAGCUUGUGUUGUCCCUAAUUGUUACAAAUGCAUAACACAAUAUGUCCCUCAGUUACUUGGCCAUGGUUUUUUUUUAUAUAGCUCAUUAUUUUUUUUCCAUUUAUCUGUAUGACGUUUACAUUGAAUAUGAGGUUAAUAAUUUAAUAGAUUUUUUUUAACAUUUCCAAAAAUUGAACUUUUUCAGGUUUGUUAAAAUUGAAUGCAAAAAGUUGUGGUAUGCUUAAUAACAUCUGAUGGAUGAAUAUCAGGAAAAAUGUUUUAAUUGUUUAUCUGCAAUAGAUAUCAUACAUUUUGAAAAUGUAGUUGACUUAAAUUUCUUUUUUAAGAAACGCUUGUCAAGGUAUUAUAAUCUAAUAUGUGUAUUGAUUAAAUGCAAGGAGCAUUGAAAUGGUAGAAAACUUGUGUAUAUUAUUUUUUCAAAAUUUAAAGUGUGAAACUGAAAUUUCAAGUUAAAAUAUAUUUUUCUUUUUAAUUUAGGAUAAUUGUUAUUGUGUUUUUUAAUUACAUGUAUUAAAUUUUGUAAAUCAAAUAGGGACAGCCACUGACAUACAUUAUUGAUCAAAUUCUUUGAAUAUAUAAAGGUUGGGGAGGUUGCAUUGUUUUACCAUGACUAAAUAGCUGACAAAGCAUAUUCACCUUAUUUUUUCCCAAUAUUGUGUUUUGUGGUCUUUUACAGCAUAUACUGAUACUUUUGAUUUUUUAACGGAGAUACUUAUUAUGGUACACUGCUUCCAUUUAUUGUAAUGAACU